AUGGCAGAAGGUUCUAAGGGUCCUAAGGGUGUAGUGCUGGCGUCUGGGGUCCUGGGGACAGCACUCUCACGCCUAGGCGGACUGUGGCAUCGCGAGUGCGCAGCCAAAGCUGGUCCCCACGACGUGCGUUUCGGGGAGCGAGGCUGGAGUCCCGCAGUCCGCAGCCACCGCGUGGGGAAAACGGCGGGCCGGGCCAGGGAAGGACUUCCUCUGCACACGUCAGUUCCUACUCCGCUGCUCCAACCCAAACUUGGGGAGCCAGGAGCUGAGCCCGCGGAGCAGGCAGAGGAAGUCCCUCCGUCGGAGCGCAGCGGGACCCAGGGUGAAUGUGUGUCCCCGUGCCCCCCACCCCUCCAUACCCUGGUGCUGAGAAUGGCUUUCUCCAUGCUGAGCAGCACACCCCCAAAAGCUGAUGGCGAGCUGUGCCCCAGCUGUGGGCAGCUACACCCAGCCUUGGACAACCACCUCUACAACUUCCAGGACGAGGUGGAUGAUGAGCUGGUGUGCAAUAUCUGCCUGCAGCCAUUGCUGCAGCCUGUGGACACUCCGUGUGGCCACACCUACUGCUACCGCUGCCUCGAAAGCUUCCUGCAGGAUUCUGAUUUCUGCCCCAUGGACCGGGAACCCCUGACGUUCCCCAGCUGCCGCAAGUCAACCUUGUUGGUGAGAAACCUGCUGGACAAGCUUAUCGUCUUCUGUCCCUUCCCUCCUGAUUGUCUGCUCACCAUGCAGAGGUGUGAGCUGGAGGGGCACCUCCAGAAUAGGUGCCCUGGCUUGAGGAAAUACCAGGCCAAAAUGGUGGAGGAGAAAUGUCAGGAGGACCAAAAGAAAUCAGAGGUGGCCCUGGAGCCAGAAGCAAGCAGCCCUUGUGGGGAGAACUUCUUUGACAUUGAUGCCAUCUUAUCCAUGGACUCUGAGUAUUCAUCUGUCGCCCCCAUGGUGCCCUGGACCAGCCCAGAGCCUGGCUUGGUGAACCCAGCCUUUGAGGAAGCAGAUGAAGAUUCCAUCCUGAGUCUCUCCACAUCUGACCUAACUCGCAGCAAUAGUCUUGUGGCUGAAACUGUCAUCGUGGAGAUUUCCCGGGAUAACCCUGAGAAGGAACUGGGGAUGAGGAUCGUUGGGGGCAAGGACACCCCACUGGGCAACAUUAUUGUGCAGGAGGUCCACCAGGAUACCCCAUUGGGCAUGGAUGGAAAAGUGGCCCCUGGAGAUCAUGUGCUAGAGGUCAAUGGGAUCAAUAUCAGCAAUGUCAGCCACUCUCAAGCGAUCUCCCUGCUCCGUCAGGCGGGGCCUGUGCUGCAGCUGGUGAUCUUGCAAGAGAAGGGCUUUCUGAACAAGCCGCUCCUAGAUAGUGGCCCAAUUCCCAACAGGGCUGGGGAGAUUGUGCGGGUCACCCUGAUGAAGAAGGACCGCCUGCAGCCUCUGGGCAUUAAACUGAUCCGCAAGGCUGGUAAGCCUGGGAUCUUCAUCCUAGACCUGCUGGAUGGGGGUCUGGCGGCCAAGAAUGGAAAGCUGAGCCAAAAUGACAAAGUCCUUUCCAUCAAUGGGCAGGACCUGAGACAGGGGACACCGGAGACAGCAGCUCAGAUAAUUCAGACCAGUGAGAGCCGAGUUCACUUCGUGGUCCUGAGGCCUCGAGGUGGUCUGAUCAUGGAGAUGGAGACAGACUCGGGCAGCGCGAGGCCCAGCAGAGGUGGCAGCAGGAGCAGUGAAAGCAAUGGCAGCGAUGGCAGCAGCCACAUCAGCCUCGACCACGGGAACGGCCCUCCCCCAAUUUCAAUUCCACAGUGGAAGCCUGAGCUGGGGCACUACCCACGGCCCCCAGCUUUCUACAAGGAUCCCCUUGCUGGCUUCCUGAGCCAGGAGAAGACCCUCACCAUAAGGAAAGACGUGAAAGAGUCCCUGGGCAUCACGAUUGGGGGCGGCCGGGAAGGCAAACACAGUGUGCCCAUCUAUGUGACCAGCGUGCAGCCUGUGGGCUGUCUUUGCCGGGAUAGCCGCAUUCAGAGAGGUAACAUUCUGCUGAGCAUCAAUGGCAUAGACUUGACGUCACUCUCCUACCAAGAGGCAGUGGCGGUCCUCAAGUCCCAGGCAGCCUCAACCAUCAUCGUCCUGAAAGCCUUGGACAUCCUGAUGCCACCUGUGAGCCUGGAGCCUUGGGCAGGUGGCCAAGAACCACCCGUGGAGUAUGGUCACAGCUGGUCUCCCCUCUGGCUGUCAUGGCUGGGGCUCCCCAGUGCCCUCCAUUUGUGCCAGGAUGUUGUGCUGCAUAAGAACACCGAUGAGAGCUGGGGCUUCAGCAUUGUAGGAGGCUUUGAGGCAUCCAAAGGCAACCAACCCUUCUUUAUCAAGACCAUUGUGCCUGGCACCCCAGCCUUCCGGGAUCGAAGACUGAAGUGCGGUGACGAGAUUGUGGCUGUCAACGGGACACCGGCCGCCGGCAUGAGCAAUGCCCAGCUGAUACCCAUGCUGAAGGAACUACGGAACCGAGUGGCCCUGACUGUGGUAUCCUGGCCAGGCAGCCUGGUGUAGAGAGGCUCCAUCCAAGUCCCUUCCCGCUCCCUCACUCAGGACCAGCUAAGGACUGCGGACAGCAGAGAGCCCCUUCUUCCCUCGGGUAGCACCCCCCACUCGAUCGUGUGGACCCCACUGUUUGUAACGUCACAAGAACUCUAAACAGGAGAGUGCCAGUGCCCCUGCCCUGCCCCAUCAGGGCCCCAAGCCCUGGGGCUCCCCAGAGGGAAGGGACCAGGCAAAGCCCACCCCACCACUUUCUCUGAAGACCAAGCCUCCUUCAGUCACCUUGAGCCAGAUUUGCUCUCUCCCACUUCCCAUUCCUGAGUACCUGCUAUACCUUCAGAGGGACUACGUGGACCUCAGGCUGACCAAGUUUGGGGAAAGGGCUCUGGCCUUCAGCUCAAGACUGGGUCAACUUGUGGUGAUUUGAUUUGAGGCUUGGAGAAAAACUCUUUCUGACAAAGUCGAAGGGAGGGCUGCCCACAAGAGGGUCAGGGUGCAGACAGAAAUUCCUUCUUCCUUCCCUCCCUCCCUCCCUCCCUCCCUCUUUCCCUCCCGCCCUCCCUCCUUCUCUCCUUCCCUGGGUCCCUCCCUCCUCCCUGCUUUCCCACCCCCCUUCCUUCCCUCCAUCCCUUCUUUUCCUCCUUUCCCUCCUUCCUACCCCUCUGCUAUUCCUGUAUCUUUCCCCCAACCCUACCCGACCUCUUUGCCCACUCCACUGACUCCUUCCUUACCUUCUCCCAUCCCACCUUCCCUCAUUCCCAUUCUUCCUCACUCACUUGUUUCUUCCCUCAGGGCUUCCAUCGCUCCCCCUGUGGUUCCCACCCUCCCACCCUCUUUCCCACCUUCCUUCCCUCCUUCUUUCAUUCCCUCUCUGCCUCUUCCUCUCCCUCCUCUCCUUCUUCCCUCCUUACCUCUAGUGUAUUUUCCCUUUGUCCCUCCCUCCCUCCUUGCCAUUCCCCAAUACCCCUACUUCUGGAUCGUCUUUUUCCCUCAGCCCCUCAUCCCUAGCCAGUGCUAUCCUAACGUCUCACCCCUGUCAUUUGAGGACCAAGAGUAACAGCUUCUCUACUCUCCCAGGCUCACCAGCUGCCUCCCCUGCCAGAGCCCUGGGUCACACACUGUCUCCUACACCGGAAUUCCUCCCCCUCUCUAUCUAGGCAGCUCCCUGGGCUGGACUCUAGUACCAAGCUGCCAUUUUGAGCCCUGAAGGGGCCGUUGGUGUGGGGUGAAUCUCCUCAGUCUGGUACAGACUUGGUGAGGGGUUCCCUUCAUCAGCUCCUGGGGCUAGACUAGCACAGAUCUGUAAUCCUGAGCCCUGCUCAAAGCCUCGACCGCUGCUGCCUACAGAGGACCAGUAAACAGUUGCACAGUGUUGUGUAUGUCUCAGAGGGGGUAUAGAGGUAACACCUUCCAGAAAUCAGACACUAGCAGGCACCAAGUUGCCACUGUUUAUCCUGCCAAAGCACUGAGGUCCUUCAUAUCCCCUGCUCAGUCAGAGUUGACCCCUGCAAGGUGCCAAGAUCCAGCCUUCUUGGGAGGUCAGCUGGGCGAAGACUGUCCACUAUGCUGAAAUCUACCUGGGGUGGGCAGGGGCCAGGCAGCCAAUCCAAGAGCCCAGGAAUCCGAGGCAUCGGUAAAGAGUAAUUAUUAAGGACCACCCCCACUCCUUUCCAAGUUGGACAUUAGAAAAAAACUACCAGGUCAAGACAACCAGGGGUUGGGGUGGGCAGUGUACUUGGCCCAGUGAGGGCAGAGAGGCAAUCUGAGAACACAGUGAGGACCAAGGGCCCAGUUUCAUACAUUAGAAAGCAUCCGCUGCAUGCACCGUGACUCCCACCAAAAACACUUACUCUUCAGAGGAAUUUGGUCAUCUGAAGCCAGGUUGCCAAGGAAGAGAGGGAGAGUAGCCCUCCGCCCCCCAGUCCCCCCCCUUCCCCCUCCCCGGUCCGGCUCAGCAUUGUAGCACAGUAAUGUUAGCAUGAUCUCAUACCCAGAAGCCACAGACCAAUUUGUUUAGGAGUUCCCAGCCUCAGGCUUCUGGCCUGGCUGGACCUAGCCUGAAGCUGAGAGAAGAUGGACCAAAAAAGGGCAGAAGCCCCCUCCCCUGAAGGUCUGGGGCCUGCCAGCCGGCCCCCAGGCCCCAGCUCAUCAGUCUAAUUAGCUUGCAUUUGUGCCUAGGCAGCCCAGACCUCCCAGUGAGACACUAGGGUUGCAUCUUGGCUGCUUUAAUAAACUAUUGCAAUAUGAGUACCCAAGGCCCCAGUGGUUCUUGUCCGCCAUCUACUGGAAAGACUGAACCAGCCCAUGUGGGAUGGGAAUUCUUCUCUAGGACCUAAUAGGAAUUGGGUACCUCAUCAUAGACCCUAGAGCUGUUGGAGAACUUGAGAGAUCUUGAGUCAAAGCAACAGUACCCCACAACUUUACAGAGGGGGAAACCUAGGCUCAGGGAGGGGAAAUGACUUGCUCAAGGUCAUACAUAGGAGCCUAGAUAGCUCCUGGAAGGAAGCUCAGAGGCUAUUUGGUCUAAUGCCCUCAUUUUACAGAGGAUAGAGGCACAGGGAGGUUAAAGCCAGGGUUGUAGCAGAGGAAGGGCUUGAAGUCUUUCCCCUUUCCCUGUACAAUGGUUCCCUCUAGGUCCCUCCUACCUAUGGCUUUCUGAAGAUCAGUGGGGCCCUUGUGACUUGUAUGAGUAGCUGCCUUUAGGUCAUAGCAGACAUUGGACUGUGAGAGGCCAGGGUCCUCUGGAUGGCCUCUUGAGUGGGGAAGAGAGAAGCCUCAGAACAACAGCCAGGAUGGAGGUGGCUUAUUCUCCUUUCUCUCUCCUCAGUAUCUCCAUUCUCAGGGAUCAGCUAGGACCAGGUCAGGAGUGUCUUAGCAUCAUAAAUGUAGAGUAGAAAGAGAUCCCAGAAACCUAGAGCACCUAGGUGGAUAGAGAGCUAGGCCUGCAAUUAGGAAGACCCAAGUUCAAAUCCAGUCUCAGACACACUCUAGCUGUGUGAACCUGGGCAAUUCACUUAACCCUGUUGGCCUCCAUUUCUUCAACUAUAAAAUAGGCAUCAUAACAAAACCUACUUUGGAGGGUUAUUGUGAGGGCUCUAUGAGAUAAGCAUUGGGAGGUGCUUAGCA